UGGACUUCAGCUAUUUGUGAGGAGGAAGUGUGUUGAGGAAGGAACGUGAGGUAUAUCCAAAAUUACUGGCCUUCCUUUUAACUUCGAUCUGUAAAUAUAAAAAGGGACAAAUAAAUAGCUUGGGCUACCUGUGGCUUCACUAGAAAGUGGUAAUGCCAUGUAUGUCACGCAAGUCACGCAAUUCCCGCCACAUGAAAACGAGGCAAUAACUAGGCUCUAGUCCCCCGGCCAACUAGCGUUGCUGCGACAAGACGUAAAAUAAACAACAUGGCGGCUAUAUCGCGGAUAAAACUUAAGGUGCACCUUGGUGAUGAUGGACAAGUAUCUGAAGUUCUCGUAUCACAAGCAACCAAGUGUAGAGAUAUAGUCUUGAGAUUACAGAGGCAGAUUCACCACCAAGACUGUUGUCUAGUGGAACUCUGGCAAGGCUGUGAGCGUCUUGUCCCAGAGGAGGAGCUUAUCCAUGAUACUCUGCUUGAUUGGGGCUCAGACUUGUUGGAUGUAACAUUUCACUUAAGGCCCAAUGAAGAAGUAUCUACUGUUAUUUCACAAGCAGACUUGAAUGACGAAAUACCAAUGCUCGAGGACAUUGAAUCAAAUUAUGGUUUACAGCAUAUCUCAUCAAGAAAUGGGUUGAGACAAGGUUCACAAUCUUCUUUUGAUGAAGAGCUAUUUCCACGUUCUGGACAGCUUUCCUUAGAAAGAAUUCAUCAAAUAGUUCUACAACAACAACAGCAAAUUGCUGAAAAGGAACAAGAACUAAGUACUAAAGAGAGGCAGCUACAGGAAAUCAAAAAGCGUGCACAAAACAAGAUCAACAAUACCUAUAUCAAACAGCUGGAAACACAAGUGCAGGAGCAGAAUGAGAAUAUGAGACAACUUCGACAGCUACUCUGCGAUACAGAUGAGAUCAGAAUCAUCAACAGUGCACUGGUGAAGGAACUAGGGGUUGUGGAAGCACAGUUUGCCAGUAAAGAGCAGGAGCUUGCUAUUGCUGUGGCCAAAGUUGAGGGGAUGACACAGCAACUAGAGGAGCAGAGACAAAACUGCAGAAAAAAUGGCUUGGAAGAAAAAUAUUCCAACAAUCAGAAACACGAGCUGGACCAUCUACGUAAAGAACUUUUGAUGCGAAACGAACUUAAUCAUCAGCAAAGUGUUCAAAUCCAAGUACAGAAAAAGCUUUUAGCCGAGAAACAAAAAGAACUGGCAGCGCUUGAUUCCCAUGUCGAAAAGCUUACGGAAGAUCUUCGUCAAAAGAAGUCACGUGCACAAGCCAACCACGUAGACCUAAGCCGCCCCGAGGAGUUCGACUUAGAGGAUGGCUUAUGGGAAAAUGUGGACAAUAAAUAUGACGUCAUGCAAGACCCUCAUGAGGAUGCUCAACACUCAAGGACGCUGGAUACUCUUGCGGAAGAGGACGAGCCUGUCGUCACCAACGGCGAUAAGCCACGUACUAGUGACAUUGGUCGCAAUAGUAAUUUUGCUUCAACUGGGCGUAAAUCAAAGGUCUCGAAGCUGGCUACCUUUUUUGAAGCCGCUGCACAUAUAAACGGUGAUCAUAUAAAAUCCCAACACCCGGGGUUUGCAAACGAUGUGGCUCAAUCAUUAUCAGUAAAAGAUAGUCAUUCCCUAAGUUUGGACGAGAAUUUUCUUGCAGCUGGUACUAAAGUGUCGCCACUUAGCUCACCGUCAUCCCUGUCAUCGCUGUCAUCGAUAUCUUCAACCUCAUCACAAUUGCCAUCAACUUUGCCGUCAAGAAUGGCUGAGCUAAAGCAAGGCGGUAACGAAGCCAAGACUCUUGCUGCACAAAAUCUAAGCGCUUCUCCUGAUAUUCGCAGAUUUCAAUCGUCCUUACAUAAUCUUAAAUCAGCUGCAAUUUCACUUAGUGGUUCACGUUCCCAGGCCGAGCCAACUCGUAACGAAUCACCCAGUCUGAAAGAGACUCGUCACGGGCCGGAAGAGAUGCACGCGGCAAAUGUAGACCACGCAACUCGACCCAACCCAUUACGAAUGCACGAAAGUCGGAACGAGUCCUCAAAGGUAACAAGUAAAGGUGAAUUGACAAGGGAAGGAAGCGAGUCAUCCAGGAAACACACAAUUUUAGACGAGUCGCCUGCAGUGCAAACAGCUCGAAAGUCCCAACUAACAAAUGAAGCUAGCAGUUUAAAGGUUUUGCGUAAUGGGGAAUCAGGGCUAACCUCCCCAUCAGGUUCCACCGUUUGUAGGGGCUCUCAACAAAAUCACAGUUCUCCAAAGAUCUUGAGGACCUCGGCAGUGGUACGUCUGAUGGAGAAUGCAGCUUCUAGGGGGCAGCAGUUACAGGAAAAAUCCCCUAAGAAUCCAGGCGCUCUUGAGUAUGAGACUCCAGAAAACGUUGGGCUUGGGGUAGGGCGGGAUUUGAGACUAAGUGACAUGAAGUGGAUUGUAGAGGGUGAAUCCUCAAACGUCGAAACGGGAACAAAGGAGACCAUCCUUCGGGAUGCACCGCUCAAUAGAAGCGAUACAACUGACUUUUCUCCAAAAGGGAGGAGCGUUGAGCUCCAGGAAUCCAACAAGGAUGUAGGCGCUCCUGGAAGUCCUGCGGGAAAUGGCGAGGUAUCUCCUAGGCCGAUUGUCAAGGACUCGUAUGUCAGGUGCAGCGAUAUGCACUUAUGCAGUGAUAAAGACAUAGAAAAGAAAAAGAGUCGACGGGUCAUUUUAGACCCACAUGCUGUGCUGUUGGACGCAGCACUGGAGGGCGAACUGGAGCAUGUCAAACAAGUUAUCAAGAAUGUUGAAGAUCCGAGCACAGCUAAUAGCGAUGGCAUCACUGCACUGCACAACUCUGUGUGUGGGAAUCAUUUAAGCAUUGUGCAGUUCCUCGUUCAGUAUGGCUGCGAUGUAAAUCUUCCGGACUCUCACGGCUGGACGCCUUUGCACUGUGCUGCGGUCAACAAUAACCUAAAGGUGGUUCAGUUCCUGGUAGAGCACGGUGCAUGCAUCUUUGCCACCACAAACCUAGAGAGGAAGACUCCCGCACAGUGUUGUGAUACCACCGCAACUGGCUUCUUUGAGUGCUCGCAGUAUCUUCAAGAUAUCGAGUUGAACUUCGGCCUUGUGAAUGGAGGCCGUGUGUAUGCGCUUUACGCUUACUCCGCGAGCGAGCAAGAUGAGCUCAGUUUCGAGUGCGGCGAGGAGUUAAGGGUGCUUCGGCGAGGGGAUAACAACGAGAAGGAAUGGUGGUGGGCAGAGGGCGGGCGAGGUCAAGCUGGCUAUAUACCAAGGAACCUUCUUGGGCUGUUUCCACGUGUGGCACCUGAGGUGUGACAAGACCCAAGCUAUAAAAACGACACAACUUCACACCCUCGUUGAACAGGGGCCAUAUUUUUAAUAAUAUUAUAUUGAGUCAAACUCACGAGUAAUUAGAAUAAUUCAUAUAUGCGUGAAAUGAAUACGACAAUAAGAAAAAAUCGGUAAAGAAUAUGAUAUUUGCACUGUAGCAUACUAAUAUUUAUAAUAAAUGUUUUCAGUGUG